CGGCCCGACCGCGCCUGCGCACCCCAGGCGCUGCCGGGGCUGGCGCCGGGCUGGGGCCGCGGCCCGGGCCGUGCAGCGGGGCCUGGCGGGACGGAGCGCGGGGCCGCGAGAUUCAAGGAUCACAAACGACUGUCCUUCUGUAAAAACAACAGGGGAGAAAACAAUCUUACCUGACAACAAUGAGGUGUUUUCACUUCUGUAAACUUCCAGGACGAGUUAUGGGAAUCCGCCUACUACGCUUCACUUCCAUGGUGAUCAUUGUCUUGCUUCUUGUGGCAGGUGCUUUAACAGCUUUGCUUCCCAAUAUCAAAGAUGACAAAAUGCCCAAUUUGCGAAGGGAACCAAAAGCCCAGAGUCAGUCUACCUUGGAUUCAUUUACUCUUAUUAUGCAGACAUACAAUAGAACUGACUUACUUUUAAAGCUUUUAAAUCAUUAUCAAGCCAUCCCCCAUUUACAUAAAGUGAUUGUUGUGUGGAACAACAUUGGUGAGAAGAUACCAGAGGAAAUGUGGAAUUCCUUGGGUCCUCAUCCUGUCCCUGUUGUCUUUAAAGUUCAAGCUGUAAAUCGUAUGAGGAACAGACUCCAGAAUUUCCCCGAGCUGGAAACAAAAGCUGUUUUAAUGAUGGAUGAUGAUACACUAGUCAGUGCUCAUGACCUUGCUUUUGCCUUUUCUGUUUGGCAGCAAUUUCCAGAGCAUAUAGUGGGAUUUGUACCUAGAAAGCACAUUUCUACUCCUUCAGGUGUAUACAGUUAUGGCAGCUUUGAAUUGCAGAACCCUGGAUUUGGAAAUGGAGAUCAAUAUUCUAUGGUUCUUAUUGGUGCAGCAUUUUUUCAUAGUGGGUAUUUAGAAGACUUUCAAAGACAGCCAGAAGCUGUUUAUGCCUUAAUAGAUGAAACUCAAAAUUGUGAUGAUAUUGCCAUGAAUUUUCUGGUAGCAAGGCAUACAGGGAAGCCUUCAGGAGUGUUUGUGAAGCCUGUUGAUAUAAGAAAUUUAGAAAAAGACACUAACAGCGGCUACUCCGGAAUGUGGCACCGAGCAGAGCAUUUGUUACAGAGAUCUUACUGUGUAAAUAAACUGGUAAAUAUUUAUGAUGGCAUGCCUUUAAAAUAUUCUAAUAUCAUGAUUUCUCAGUUUGGUUUUCCUAACUACGCCAAUCACAAAAAUAAAAUGUAAGCCAAUGAAUUUAAGGGGUUAAAUGUUAAAUAAUACUCAGUGAAUUGUACUGAAUGCAAGGAGAGAAGAUGUAAUUACUGCAUCUUGGCCAUCCUUAAUUGUAGCCUCCAAAUUUUUUCCAUACAGCUUUUAGUUUUUAUUUUUUUGUCCCCCUUUCUUACUAACCCCCCAAGGAAGGUUUUGAGAAAACUUUAAAAAUAAAUACCAAUGUUCAGUUAUAAUAAAAUUAUCCUCUUUCCUUCACCUGAAAAGCAUUUACAAUUAGGCCAUUUCUCCAGAAACUUGGAGACAAAAAUGCACCCCUACCCUUAGUGUUCAUGAUUUAUUAUUAUUAUUAUUUUUAAUAUACGUAUCUAGUCAAAUGAGGUUUAGGAAUAUUUUUGAUAGUUACAUGUUUAGAUGCUUCCUUCCCCUCUCCUCCUCCUCCAAACAGUUCCCAGUGAAACUAUACAAGGGCUGCAGCAAACGGCUGGCCAGGCUUCAAGGCUCCUGUACAAAAUCCUUUUGAAUGUUGUAUAUAAGCUGUUAUUCUGUAUUCUGAGAUGUUUCUGAAGCUGCUAUGAAAGCAAACCAGAAGAAGAGUACCCCACCUUAAUCUGAGAUAGUCCUAAAACCAUUGCCUACAAUAACUGCUCCUUCUGAGAUAGUGGAAAAAUGAUCUCUUUGAUAUGGCUUUUUUUCCUAUUAAUAAUUUGCCUAGAGUUGCUGAAACACUGCAGACAGUUGAAAGGUAAAACCUAGCAGUAGGAAAUGUACAAAAACAUGAAUACAUAAAAUAUGAAAAUUACAUAUGCAGGGAAGCAAAAGAAAACAAUGAGAUUGUCUUAUUCAUACUCUCUUGAGUACUUAGUUUUGUUUUGUUAUAUUGCAUGCGCAUUGUUACAAAAAUGUUCCCAAGAAAAUUCUCAUUUUUUAAAAUAAAAAAAAGUCUUAUUUACAGUUCCUGAUGAGAGUAAGCUGUUCUACAUUUAUUCCAGAGUGUACAUUUUGUAAUAUUACAGGUCUGCUUUUUUUUUUUUUUAACUACUCUUUCAAGUGAAUGUUUACUUUUCGGUUCCUUUCAUCUCUGUUUUUGGUAGCUCUAGCAACCGAAUUAAAAUGUACAAUGAGUGGGUAAAACGUUAUAAAAAAGUGUUCUAAAGUACAGUGAUGUGGCAGGGAUGGACUAUUACCGGUCUCUGAAUUAUGUGGCUUCAGGCAAGAAACAGCUAUUAUUAAUAGCUUUUGUUACAUUGGGACUCUAGUUUUGGAAAUAUUAUGUUAACAUAGGACAAACCUGUUUUCAGUUAGCUGCUCAGCUGAACAAAACCAAUGUUUGAAAAAUGUAACAAGUUCUUUACAGCUGAUUCUGGAUGUGGAGUCUGGGUUUCUUUGGGAGGAGCGGAGGACUCUUGUCUUGUUCUAUCAGUGUUAAAGGAUUUGUUUUAUGGUCAGUGAAGUCUUCCUAGUAUUUUUGUAAGCUUUAAGGGGUGAAAUCUUAACAUGGCAAUGUAAAGUCUGUUUAAUUAUCUUGUAAUAGUGAAAAGUAAACUUUAAUUACUGUGCUGUAGUGAUAAGUAGUAUCCAAAUAGAUCUAUGACCUUUCCAGAAAUGCAACUUUCAUAGAGGUAACGUACUGCAUUUCAUUUACUUAAUUGUUCAUCUGUAAUUUCUGUUCUGUGCAGUAUUAACUGGAAUUGUGAAGAGUCACAGAUACUGUUUACCUUACCUUUAAAAUGUAAAGUGAACUGUCAACUGAGCCAAAUCUUAGUAUUGGGUUCUUUGUUGGGGAGAAGGGGUUGGUUUAGAGCUUUUUUUUUUUUUUUUAGCUCUUUAUCAGUGAAGGAAUUAAUCGAACAAGCUUUUAUUAUACUUGUAAACUUAAUUUGUACCAUUGUCAAAUAAAAAAAUAUAAACAGA